AUGGGAGUUUCGGCUGGGAGGGUUACGGUGGAUGACGGAGAGGGCAUUGGCGGGAUCGGCGUAAGAGCUGGGAAAACUACAGAUGAUGAUGAGGAUUUGCGGCGGGAUUAUGGGGGCCACGGCGGAGAAGGAGGAUUGUUGGAAGGGGAGUUGGAAUAUCACCAAGCAAUUGAGAAAAUCAGGAUUAUUGAGCAGCUGGGCCUCCGAUGCUUCAAUAGUUUCGAACUCGAUAUUGUCGACGGCCCUGAAUUCGAUAGGGUCAUCAACAAGCGCUUUAUCGGAUACUUCCUUGGCUUCGACUCCAUUAACGAGCCUCCUUACAGAUAUAUCCUCGACUACGCUGCUGACAAUCUCGAGUACGAAUUCUCCUCCUCCGUCGCCAGCGGAAACAUCCGCUGGGAUGUCCAUCCCACCUACAACAAGUUCAACGUCAUCAUUAUCAUCAAUUACACCUCGGCCUCAAAAUACAGAAAUAAUGGAACUACAACAAGUAAUACUAGGUCCACAGGUUCAACUACCCUUACCUCAUCGCAGCCUAGUAGUGAGUCAACAGUUACUGUUGAUGGUACUGUUAUUGUUUACACGUACUCAACAAGCACACGAGAAUUGAGUUCUUCCUCAAGCACUGGUGGUGGUGGAUAUGUAGCACCGACAAGUAGUACUUCUGCAUCUGCAGUUCCGACAUCAACAACUACACCUUCUGAUAAUAGCCCCCCUGUAAGCCCAAGUCUUCUUGGAGGCGUUCUGGGGGGUGUAGCGGGAAUUGCGUUCAUACUGGUAGCCAUAUUAUAUUUAUUACGACGACACAAGAGAGCCGUUGCUGCACAACAAAGAGAUGACGCAGGGUAUGGUGGCCCGCUAGAAGGGGCCGAGGGGGAUCAGAUGAUGCAAAGGUCUGGGGCGGCUCCUUUUGCCCUAGCUGGGUCAUUUUUUAGGAGCCCACGAACACCUCGUGCCAGUCAAUCUUCCGACACACCCACAGUACCCUCAACGUCAGAAGUGGGCUUCUAUAAGGUCUCUGGCAGGAAAUUGGCACCAGUCCUUGGUGGCCCGCGCCCUGGAUAUGGCUCCACGCGGUCUGCGGGAGGAUCUUCAUAUUACCCUGAUGAUGAUGGAAUAACAGUAGCUUCAACACCCAGUGUAGUAGGACCCUCGAGAUAUUCGUCAAUGACGGCUAGCUCAACAUCACCAACCGGCUCAACUGCUCCUAUGAACUUUUCUUCGGCGGUACCACCUACACCGCCAUCAACUCAUAUGCCGCCACAUAUAGGCAGCUCGAUGGCGCCUCCGCCACCUCGAAUACAGGAAGAGCCCGUGGAGAGUGAUAACGAAUCUACAGACAAGCUUCCCAGACCACCGCCGUUCCCCAGACAAUUGAGUACAGUCAGUGUCGGGAGCGCUGGCAAGGACGGAGUGGGUAGAUCAUUGCCAUCACAUGAUGGUUCACGAGCCUCGCGGUUUACUGAGGAUAUAGUGUAA